CAACUCCGCCGACGCUUUUUCCACAGCUCCUUUUUUCAACAUUGCUUUUGCCAAUGGCAAAACCACACACACCCAACUGACCUGAGACUCUGUGGGAUAACUAAAACAGAACUCCUCAACCACGCCAACCCUCAAACAACGUGCUACUAGGAAAACCUUUGGACCUCUGGAUUCUACGUAACGGCUCUUCCCAUUCUCAAUGCACAAAGAUGCGGACCAGGACGCAAACUGCCGAGUUGCUGUGUAAGGCUGAGGAUGACCGGAAAGACUAUGCGUACUGUGAUAUCUGGAAUACAGCAGCGGAUAAGCCCUGCUCCAAAGCUCAAGUGCAACGCCGUCGUGUUGAAGCAAAGGGCAUUCACCGCCAAUUCACGCUGUCGAGCACGGAUAUGCGCUCCUGGCUUGGAAGUUCCAACGGUAGUUUCUGUUUGCGGGCUCCCACGGGUGACCUUCCCAAUACUGUCAAGCUGUAUGGAUGCAAAACAUGCAUGAAGGCAGUGAGAGCAGAGAGACAGCGCAGGGUAGCCAGUGACAGGCCUUCUGCCGGUGACAAUGAGGACGGCACUCUUCCCCCCAGCGGCGACAGCACUCCUCCCCCCAGCAGCGAUGCUGCCAACCUGCCCCCGCCCACUGUGCGCACUCAGUCUCACGUUGAUAUUUGCCUCCCAAAGCAACCCAUGCGCCCGCUUCAGUUGAAGUUUCAAGGUGUUGCCCCUCCUGACGCCGAAGCUCGCCGCAGCCGGUCCCGCACAACAUCUGAUGUCCUCGAGGGUUCAUCAGCAAAGCCGUGGGACAAACUGGAGAUGUUGUUUUUCCUUGGACUCACGGAUGAGGUUGAAGAUGAAGAUGAGGGGGAUGACAGGAUUGACGAACCAACGACGCCGGGGCCUGAGGGGAGGACCUACGCAGCAAAGCUGCAGAUGCUCAUGGAGAAUCCACUUGAGGACGAGCACGGGCAGCUUCUUUUCCCUAUCGGAAACAUGGAACGGUUUAUUGAUCACAUGAAUACCACAUGCGAUGGGCUGUUUGACAUGAAGAUGACCAUGGUCGUCGGGGACGUGCCUCUGAAGCCCAGCUCAAAGUGGAGUGAGAAACACCGUGAUAGGAUCUGCCGCAGAAUGUCCACCCAGCUCCAGCUUUCCAACGUCAGCACCGAUCAGCAGACAAAGAUCGCCAGGGUUGGCCUCUCCCUUGUCCCGCAACACAACACUGUCCAAGCGCAGGCUGCCAUUGCCGCUCACGAAGGGGACGUGUCCGCGCGACUUGCGCUUCCCAACACAUCCGCCGUGGUUCUCGUUGAUGAUUUCAAUUGGCAUCAGGGGAGAGGCACGCCAAAUGAGCAGGGAAAGCGAUCGAUCACCCGGACAACAGCAAAUGUUGGAGUGCGUACUUGGGAUGUCUCACAGAUGCCUCGCCUACCCUCUGGGCUGGGGCCGUUGCGCCCCAAUUUUCACACAAUCGGGUUUGCAGAGGAUCAACAUGUUCUUUCGCAGUAUUGUCGGCUGUUGGAUCGGACACUGACAUCCUACAUUGUCAAACGUGGGAACGGAGGGGAAAUACGCCAGAUGUAUGACACCCGGCGCUUGGAUUGGGUGUGCUCCAUCAAAAACUUUGUGGCGUUGGCAAGCGAAGACAACCCGAUGAAGUCUGAUGAGGAUAUGGUGAAGCUUUAUCAGGAGACGAUCAUCCCAAAACUUCGGCCAUAUAUUGAUGAAUCGCCAAUUGUUGUAUCCGGAGACUUCUACAUCUGGAUGGGAACCCUUAAGUUCCUCACGGGCUCUGCGGAGGGGGAGCGACACUCCGGAAAACUCUUGGAUUGGCCUGGAUCGUUUCACAUUGCCUUGAACAUGCAGGAAGCAGCAAAGAAGCACUGGUUCCCCCUUCUUAAGAUCCUUUACGAAGCGGCAUUUCUGGGUUUCGUUUGUCCACAGGUCAAUCUGCGUCCCAUUCAACGUGUUCUCCUGCUGUCUCUCGCACUUCAGGCAUGGCAGCUUGCUCACACGCCGACGUCGACAGCCCCGAUGGCGCAUGACUACAGUUGGGGCGGAAAUGUUAUCCGUACCUUCUUCGAGGAGCAUCUACCGCUCAUGCUCGACGCACCAGUGAUUAUCACAUCCCUCAACCACGAUCACUUUGAGGAAUUCCUUGUUCGCAGCCUCCCGUUCUUCAUACAAAUGGGGAAGAAGAACUACGUGACAAUCAUCCUUUGCAUUCUUGGGCGCAUGGGCUUCUACCGUGUGCACAACAUCCCGCUUUACGAAUGGAUCCAAAACAACUUCCGGCAUCUCAGUGAGGAGGCCAUCAAACUCUGGCAUUCAGUCAUCCGUCCCCUUAUUCAUCCGACGAUGCAGCAGAAUCAAGCCAAGCAGCAAGUCAUGUUCAAAGCUGCCCUCCAAGAAGCCGAUGCUCAGGAAGCGGCAGCAAGCUACGGGGAGCAAACGCCGGGACGUCGUUGUUCCAAUUCCGCAAAAGACCAGGAGUGCAACCUCCAGGCUGCGGCGGAUAAGCUUCUCAGCAUUCUUGACCAGAUAAUCGUCUACAAAAAAGACCAUGGCGGCCCAGCCUACAAGAGGGAAUCAAGGACAGCUGGCAAGAAUCCGGUGACCACGCGGUUGUAUCGUUUCACCGCAGAGCCUGACGGCCUGCUGCUAGGCGAGGCAGUCAUCCCACUCACCCAGCGACGCCCAAAUGCACAAGGCCACACCGUAGUCAAGGUUGGAAAGCAUGUUGACAUCACUCGAUAUGCAUUCCCAUGCGACAACGCUGGUCAUAACACCCCCUGCCAGCCCCUUUCCUGCGGUUGUUGCCGUCACCGCAGCAGUGUUCGAGCGAUGUUCAAGCAGAGCAAGUGCCCAAACUGCUUUGCUAUCACGAAGGAAAUCAUGCAGGCCGUUGUCGCAGAUCGUAACAGCAAGGUGCAAGAGUGGAGUCAGGCUGGCGUUGCGGGAGAGGAAAGCGAUGAGGAGCCCUCUGUCUUUGACGUUGACAAAGCAAGUUAAAGUAGGC